GUUAUGCCAUUUGGCCUUACGAAUGCCCCGACCACUUCCAAGCGGCUAUGACAACGGAGUUCCGACACAUGCUGGAUCGAUUCGUACUUAUCUACCUCGACGACAUCCUAAGGUACAGCCGGAAUUUGGACGAGCAUGUGGAACACCUGCGCACCGUUUUGGAGCGGCUACGACAAGCCAAGUACAAAGCCAACCGCGACAAAUGUGAAUUCGCGCGGCAGGAGCUGGAGUACUUGGGACAUUAUGUGACGCCGCAAGCCAUCCGUCGGCUUGCGGACAAGAUCGAGGCCCUCCGCGUAUGGCCCGAGCCCACCAACACCACGGACGUCCGUUCCUUCAUGGGGUUGGCGGGCUACUAUCAGCGAUUCAUCACCGGAUACUCAAGGAUUGCUGCACCUAUAACGAGAUUACAAUCGCCAAAGGUGCCAUUCGUAUUCGAUGACGAUGCACGCCGGUCAUUCCAAGCACUUAAGACGGCCAUGCUCAUGGCACCCGUCCUUAGCAUCUAUGACCCCACCCUGCCUACGAGAGUGACAACUGACGCUUCCGGCUACGGCAUUGGGGCAGUGUUGGAACAACAUGACGGCGACGACUGGCACCCUGUGGAGUAUUUCAGCCACAAAGUGCCUCCCAUCAAUUCGCUUGAUGAUGCAAGGAAGAAGGAGCUGCUCGCGUUCGUGAUGGCUCUCAAGCGAUGGCGGCACUUCCUCCUUGGGCGUCGUAGGUUCACAUGGGUCACGAACGACAACCCAUUGACCUACUACAAGACGCAGGAUACGCGACACUUCAUCCGGGGCUAUGAGUCUGAUCCGGACUUCGCCACGUUGUAUGCCCAACUAUAUUCGGAUCACCCGCCGGCCAGGCAUCAUGACUCGCGACUCAACGGCCAUUUCGGAGUCAACCGCACCAUUGCAGGGUUUCGACAACGAUUCCGAUGGCCCGACCUCAUUACCGAUGUCACUCGGUAUUGCGACUCUUGCGAAGUAUGCCGACGAAGCAAGCCCCGCAAUCGCAACCCCUACGGCGAGUUGCGCCCGAUGCCUAUCCCACGGGAACCCGGCCUCUCCAUUGCCAUGGAUGUCACCGGACCAUUUCCCCGCGAUCGCCUCGGGCACGACGGCAUCCUCACGGUUGUGGACCGUUUGAGUAAGUAUGCGUGUUUUCUCCCUUGCAAGUACUACUCCACGGCUCCCGAGCUGGCACACCUCUUGGACACCGGUUGGAUUUGUGGCCACGGUGUACCGGAAGACAUAGUCAGCGACCGCGACACUCGCAUCAUGUCGGCAUUUUGGACUGCUCUCAUGCAGGAGUCCGGCACGAAUAUGAAACCAAGUUCGGCUCGGCAUCCACAGACGGACGGGCAAACGGAGCGGGCACAUCAAACCGCUCAAAUGAUGCUUCGUAUGCUCAUCCGUCCGGACCAGAAAGAUUGGGUUGACCGCCUCCCCGACAUCGAGUUCGCCUACAACACUUCAGUGCACCCGGCGAUCGGCGUGACUCCAUUCGAGUUGCACCACGGUGGACGGAAAGGCCGUAUCUUCGCCGACCUUCUCCUCCCACGACCAGCCGACAUCGACGUCGCUUGCUCUCCCGUUUCCGUCUGGAAGUACAGGGAAUUGCUGGCUCAAGCCCGCGCGAAUAUGCAAAAGGCUCAAGUCCGCAUGCAGCAGCAAGCCAACAGGCGUCGCGUGCCAUGUCCCAUCCGCGCCGGUGAUCUGGUUUGGGUCUCCGCGGAAGAGUUUGCACUGGAACAGGAUGUUUCACGCAAACUGCUUCCCAAGUGGUUUGGACUAUGGCCCGUAACAUCAGCCGCGGGCUAUGAGCCCGAUGGCCCUUCAUUUGAUCAAUAUCCCCCCGCAUCUGAUGGUCCAUCCAGUUUUUCAUGCCUCGAAGCUGGCAACAUAUACACCAGCUAAGAGCGACGACUUUCCGGGCCGACGAUCGCAGGACCCUCCAUCUAUGGAUGGUCAUCAGGAAGUUGACCGCGUCAUCACGGAUCGCAAGUACGGCAGC